AUGGGAACCGUUUCGAUCGAUCUUCGAGCAGUGGACACAAGUGAAAGGCGAGGAAGCCUGGGUGGAAGUUCUCAUGCCGCGGGAUCCUCGAGCGAGGAUGCUGAGCCGGAUGAACCGGGCGCUGUCGCCGUCGGCAACGAAGAUCGUCUACGGGGUGCGCUGCACACGGCCCCGGCCGAGGAUCAGGAGGGAAAUGGUAGACGAUUUCCGGCGGAGGACGCUGAACCUAGCAGUCAAAUACUAAAAUUCGCUUAUCCAAAGGGAAAACGCAAUAAUGGGAAAAAGUCUAGUCGUUGCAAGCGUAGAGUGACCUUUGCCCUGUGA